AAUAUUUUCUAUUACCAAGCAAACAAAAAAGUCAAAUUUUACAAAUAUUUAAUUAGAAAGAAAGAUGUGAACAAAAAGAGAGUACAAGGAAAAGAAAAGAAGAGUUACGUACGGAGCAGAGGAGAGAAGCAAAAUAGAAAUCCAAAUGAGUAAUAGCUGGUAUGGAGUUUUUAGAAAUUGAUCUCACUUCUCUUUAAAACUUGCCCCGAUCCGUCUCUUCUCAAAUCUCAGUUUCAUGACCCUAAUUUUCUUGAAAUUGAUCCGUUGUUGAGGUGAAUUGUCAUUUCAAUAAUUCAGAAGAUUCUAAAACCCUUUCAGGUGCAAGUUUUAAUUGACUGGAGUUCAGCUAAUCGGAAAAAAAUGGGAGUACCAGCAUUUUAUAGGUGGUUGGCCGAUCGAUACCCGCUCUCAAUUGUGGACGUGGUAGAGGAAGAGCCUAAAGAGGACAUUGAUGGGUUGAAUGUUAUGGUGGAUGUUUCAAAGCCAAACCCUAAUGGCCUGGAAUUUGAUAACUUGUACUUGGACAUGAAUGGUAUCAUUCAUCCUUGUUUUCAUCCUGAGGGAAAGUGUGCACCAGCAUCUUAUGAUGACGUAUUCAAAUCAAUUUUUGACUACAUUGACCAUCUUUUCUCAUUAAUCCGUCCAAGAAAACUCCUCUAUAUGGCUAUUGAUGGAGUGGCUCCUAGAGCUAAGAUGAAUCAGCAGAGAACCAGGCGUUUCAGAGCUGCUAAAGAUGCUGCUGAAUCUGAAGCUGAAGAAAAAAGGCUGAGAGAUGAGUUUGAGAUGGAGGCUGCUAUUUUAAUGCCUGCAGGAAAGCCUGAGACAUCUGAUUCAAAUGUUAUUACUCCGGGUACUCCAUUUAUGGCAGUACUAUCAGUAGCUCUUCAGUAUUAUGUACAGUCGAGGUUGAAUAAAAAUGCUGGCUGGCGGUCUACCAAGGUUAUCCUUUCUGAUGCUAAUGUUCCUGGUGAGGGUGAACACAAAAUUAUGUCCUACAUCCGCUUGCAGCGUAACCUUCCUGGCUUCAACCCAAAUACCCGCCAUUGUCUAUAUGGUCUAGAUGCGGAUCUUAUUAUGCUGUCUCUUGCUACUCAUGAAAUCCACUUUUCCAUAUUGAGGGAGGUUAUUACUCCACCAGGUCAGCAGGAAAAGUGUUUUGCCUGUGGUCAGGUUGGACAUCUUGCAGCAGGUUGUCGUGGUACAAAUGGAAACCAAGGCGAAGAUGGAAAGGCUGCGCAUGACACACCUAUUCACAAGAAGAAAUAUCAGUUUCUCAACAUCUGGGUGCUGCGAGAGUAUUUGCAAUAUGAUUUAGAGAUUUACAACCCCCCAUUUCAGAUAGACUUUGAAAGGGUUGUAGAUGAUUUUGUUUUUUUGUGUUUUUUUGUUGGAAACGAUUUUCUUCCUCAUAUGCCAACACUGGAGAUUCGAGAGGGUGCCAUCAAUCUGCUGAUGUUCAUCUAUAGAAGGGACUUUACGACAAUGGGUGGCUAUCUUACAGAUGCGGGUGAGGUUUUUUUGGAUAGAGUAGAACAUUUUAUUCAGGCGGCAGCAGUGUAUGAAGAUCAAAUCUUUCAAAAGAGAGCUCGGAUACAGCAGUCAAUAGAAAAUAAUGGAAGGGCAAGAAAUGAGGUUAAUGAUCAGCCACAUCCUCCGGCAGAGGACAAGGUGAAGCUAGGAGAGCCUGGAUACAAGGAAAGGUAUUAUUCCGAGAAAUUCGGUGUAUCAACGGCAGAGGGUAUUCAUGAAGUCAGACUAGAUGUAGUUCAGAAGUAUGUGGAAGGAUUAUGUUGGGUUUGCCGGUAUUAUUACCAAGGUGUUUGCUCGUGGCAAUGGUUUUACCCGUAUCAUUACGCUCCAUUUGCUUCUGAUCUCAAAGGUCUAGCAGACUUGGAAAUUACUUUUUUCCCUGGGGAACCAUUUAAGCCGUUUGAUCAGCUAAUGGGUGUUCUACCAGCUGCAAGUGCAAAUGCUCUUCCUGAAAAGUACAGGAUGCUAAUGAUGGAUCCAUCGUCACCAAUUUCUGAUUUUUACCCAACAGAUUUUGAACUUGACAUGAAUGGGAAGCGUUUUGCAUGGCAGGCUGUUGUAAAAUUGCCGUUCAUCGACGAGAAGAAGUUACUUGCUGAAACAAAGAAGCUUGAAGACACGUUAACGAAUGAGGAGCAACUAAGGAACAGUGUAAUGUUUGAUUUGCUGUAUGUUCAUCAUCACCAUACUUUGGCUCCAUAUAUCAUUUCGUACUAUCAUCACAAUUAUAAACAAAGGCCAUGGCCUAUUGAUGCGAAUCUGAGUGCAAUGAAUGGGUUCAUUUGGUUAUCUGGGAGGAAUGGCCUGAGAGAUAGGGUUCCUUCUCCACUUAAUGGAUUUGGAGAUAUCUUAAAUAAUAAGAUUUUAAAUAUUACCUUUUUGAAUCCAGUACCUCACACACACAUUCCAAGGCCUCCUCCUGGAGUAUUUAUGCCCAAAAAGAUACUGAGAGCUGUUGAUAUAAAACCUUUCCCUGUAUUAUGGCAUGAAGAUCACGGUACCCGGCGCCAGCUUGGCAAAGAUAGGGGUUCUGUACCCGGGGCAAUAGCAGGGCCUUCUCUGGGGGAAGCAGCACAUCGGUUGCUUAAGAACACAUUGAAUAUCAAACCUGAUGGAACAAACUUUGGAGUGUUGGAUCAAUCAAAUUCUCGAAAUUUUUCGAACCAUGUUUUGAAUAGGUCAAGGCCAGCUGGAUCAUCUGGCUAUGAAGAUGGAUUCUAUGAUCAAAUGAGUCGUAGGAAUUUGUCUUCUAAUCACAGGCCACACUUUCCUGGACCUGCUGGGCGUGCAAGUGGCUUCUUUGAGGACCCUUCUUAUUUCCCUAACAAUUUUAUGCCUCGUGGUGCAUCUGGGAACUCCAGAUAUGCUCCUUCCCCUUAUGAGUUGCGAAACACUAGGCAAAAUUUCAGGAUGCAAGAUAGACAUUCAUAUCUAGACCAGUACCAUGGCAUGAGAAAUGAGAUGUCAGUGUUGACAAUCGAAAGUGGUGCAAUAACGGGGCCUUAUUCAACUCUGCCAAGAAUGUCAAAUUCUGGACAACUAUCUAACGUCCGUCCACACCCAUUCACACAAAAUGUGGGUCCUCUUCCUUCACCCCCGCUGCAGUGGAUUAACAAACCUGCAAGGGGAGCCACACCAAUGUGCAUAAAGCAUGAAGAAACUUCAAAAGGGCUGGGGUACGACAAGCAAGUCAAGCAGGUUUACCAAAUCAAAGCCCGGCCUACUCGGAGUCCUCAAGUACCGGAAUAAAACGGUGAUAUUUGAGUUAUUUUGAUCUUUGCUUUUCCUGUUGAUAGUGAAUCUCAUAGACAUAGUGAGAGGACUUGUCUCAUAUUUGUAUCCUCACAUGAAGGAUUUAGCUCGUCUCUUUAACAUUAUAUAUGGAUGGGAAGCUCCAGCAUUUUAUA